GGCGGUUUUCUUGCGGCGCUUCGUUUGACCAUAGUACCUUACGAGGGUUAUAUGAUUCACCAGAAAGUUGAAUUCAGGAUCUAUGUGUGAACUGAUAUAAGCCGAAAUUGUUGAUUAUUCACUUGAAGUGAUAGCACUAACCCUACAUAUAUUACGGAUAAUUAUGAGUCUCUUUACAAGUCCACCUCCUGUUGUAAAACGACUUAUAAGUUACAUCAAGGAAGGUUCAGAUAAAGAAGAAAAGUGGAAAGAAAAGGCUGUUAAAUCUUUAGUUAAAAGGUUAAAAAAUGGGACACAAUUAGACGAGUUGGAACGUGCUCUAGUUAGCCAAGAUCCAUCUACUCGCUGUGUUACUAUUCCGCGUUCAUUGGAUGGACGUCUCCAAG